UUUCUUUCUCUCUUUCUUUCUUUCUUUCUUUCUUUCUUUCUCUCUCUCCCCCCUCCCCCUCCCUCUUUCUUUCUUUCACCCCCUCCCACCUCAGUGGCUCCGCGCAGAUUCUGCCCCAUGCAGGUCCUGCUUGCCCCAAAGGGGCUUCAGAGGCAGCCGAGAAAGCCCAGCCCAAAAAAGCCCCUCGGGAAGAAACCGGCUGAGAACUGACCCAGGAACUGACCCGGGACCCCCGCAGAUGCCAGCCGUCCUGGGGCUUCCCCGGACCCCCGGCCAGGAAGGGAGGAAGGAGGGGGGAAAUGCAGGGAUCGGGAAGGCCACAGCGGUGGAUCUGGCCCGGAGAGGCGCCCGUGUCGUCCUGGCAUGCCGCGACAAAGCGAGGGGAGAAUCGGCCGUGUACGACAUCAGACGGGAAAGUGGGAACUCGGAGGUGAUCCUGAUGAUCCUGGAUCUGGGCAGCCUGAACUCCGUGCGAGCUUUUGCGCAGACCUUCUUAAAAUCGGAGCCCCGUCUGGACAUCCUCAUCAACAAUGCAGGAGUCUUUAUGACUGGUCAAACUGCUGAUGGCUUUGAACAGGCCUUCCAGGUCAACCAUUUGGCCCACUUCUUACUGACUCACCUGCUCCUGGACCGGCUGAAGCGCUGCGCCCCGAGCCGGGUCAUAACUGUGGUCUCCAGUAUGCAUGUCUUCGGGAAGAUCGACUUUCGGACCAUCCACAAGCCGGUGAAGGGAAUGUGGAAUGCUCUACUUUCUUACUGCAACAGCAAACUAGCCAACAUUCUCCAUGUGAGAGAGUUGGCCAACCAGCUGGAAGGAACCAACGUCACCUGCUAUGCGAUUCAUCCAGGAGCUGUUAGAACCGAAAUUGGUCGCUCCUUUCCACGGUGGUUGCAUUGGUCGCUCUCAUUCAUGCAGCUGUUCAGCCGAGAUUGUGACGCGGGCGCCCAGACCUCCAUCUACUGCGCCACCGAGGAGGGCAUCGAGAGGCUGAGUGGGCGGUAUUUUGUGGACUGCAGGCUCUCGGAGCCUUGGCCACAGGCCUGUGAUGACCAGCUGGCCAAGAAGCUCUGGGAAUUCAGCGAGAGGCUGGUGGGACUGACCACUUAAGACGGGAAGGGACAGAGACGGAGUUUGCAGUAGCUGAAAGUGGGAGUCCGAUUAACCUGUGAGAUCAAACUGCAGGGAAUCUGGAAGCUACCCAGAGGUUGUGUUUGAUGUGGAAAUUCAAGGGUUGAAUCUGCAAGAAGUUUAAACAUUAGAAAGCAUUGGGGGAUUUGUCAUGGUGAGUUGCCCAGUGUUGCCCAAAGACUCUCAUUUGUGACUAAUUAUUUUUGGUUUUAUCUAUCCAACGUGAAUAAAGACUGUUCCUGCCCUGUUUUAAAAGGGGGUAUGUUUUACUUGUGAGUAAGUGGUUUCAAAUUGCUUGCGAAGGCUGGAUCAAAACAUGGUCUUGCUUAACAACAGAAAUGCUGGGCUCCUUCCUUCUUUCUUUCCUUCCUUCCUUCCUUCCUUCCUUCCUUCCUUCCUUCCUUCCUUCCUUCCUUCCUUCCUUCCUUUCUUCUUUCCCUCCAUCCCUCUUCCUUCCUUCCUUCCUUCCUAGCUGAAAGUGGGAGUCCGAUUAACCUGGGACAUCAAAGUGCAGGGAAUCUGGAAGCUACCCAGACUCAUUUGUGACUAAUUAUUUUUGCUUUUAUCUAUCCAACGUGAAUAAAGACUGUUCCUGUUUUAAAACAGGGUAUGUUUUA